CAGAUAGAGAUCCUGGAGAGCUUAAACCUAACAGUUUCUCUCAGAGUGUUAUCAUCAAAAAAAAGAUUCUUGUCUCCGAUCCUCGUCGCUCUCCAGUCACCUGAAGAUUCUCCGAGCUUCUUUUGACCACACGCUUCAAUGGCGGAAGCUGUGACCGCUCAAACUCCAUCGCUCUCCGAGCAAUAUCAUUUGGAGAAAGAAGUGAAGCAAGAUACAAGUGCAAAGCCUGUGGAAGUGAAAGAAGUGGUACCAGAAGUUACUACACAAGCUGAAGAGGUUACCACGGACCAAACUAAGGAAGAAUCUCCUGUUGAGGAAGCGGUUUCUGCUGUUGAAGAGAAGUCUGAAUCUGCUCCUGAGUCAACGGAAGUGACUUCUGAGGCUCCUGCUGCUGCAGCGGAAGACAAUGCUGAAGAGACUCCUCCUGCUAUUGAAGAAAAUAAUGACGAAAAUACUAGUGAAGAAGUUGCUGAAGAAACCCCUGAUGAGAUCAAGCUUGAGACAGCUCCUGCUGAUUUCCGUUUCCCGACAACAAACCAAACAAGGCAUUGUUUCACUCGUUACAUCGAAUAUCACAGAUGUGUAGCUGCUAAGGGUGACGAUGCUCCAGAAUGCGAUAAGUUUGCAAAGUUUUAUCGAUCUCUUUGCCCCAGCGAAUGGGUUGAUAGGUGGAACGAGCAAAGAGAAAAUGGAACAUUCCCUGGUCCUCUUCCCUGAAGAAGAAUCAUAUUGCCAUCAUUCCUCUUUUGCUGUUACCUCCAUGAGAUUACACUGCAGAGUUUAAUAAGAUUUUUACAAAACCAGCACUUCUGGUUCCCAUCUUCAUAAAAUGUGAGAAUUUAACAAAACUUUAUAAUCUCAAAUUUUCUCUUAUAUAACUUUUUUGAGGAUCAUCUGAUUCUGAUAUGUUGUUCUUCCUGAUUAUACUUUUCCCAUGGCAAGCUUCAAUUCUUAGUACCAGAGACAUUUUUGUC